AUGUAUCAAAACUCUGGUAAAGGAACUAAAAAGAUAAACGAACCAAUCCAUGAUGGAAAGGAAGACAAAGGCGGAGAGGCAGAAGAUAAAGAAACACCUUAUGUGCCUCCGCCACCAUUCAAACCACCUAUACCUUAUCCUCAAAGACUUGAUAAGUCCAAAAAUGAAGGACAAUUUAAGAAAUUCGUAGAACUUCUGAAGCAGCUUGAUAUCACUAUACCAUUCACAGAAGUCAUUACGCAAAUGCCUUCAUAUGCUAAAUUCCUUAAAGAGAUCUUAUCUAAUAAGAAAAAGCUUGAGGAUAAUGAAACAGUUAUGCUUAAUGCUGAGUGUAGCGCUAUUAUUCAAAACAACAUGCCUCAUAAGUUGAAUGACCCAGGUAGUUUUUCCAUACCAUAUGUGAUCGGAAAGUAUGCUAGAGAACAUUCCCGUUCGUAUAUGUCAAUUCUAUAUUCCCAUCGAAUUCGUAAUAAUGGAUAUAAAGGAGGAUUCCCACAUCCCUAUUAUUUUAGGAAGACCCUUUUAGCCACAGUUGGAGCCAUCAUAGAUGUCAAGAAAGGAAAGCUAACUUUUGAAGUUGGUGAAGAAAAAGUCGAAUUUAUUUUAGCUCAAUUCUUACAGGCGCCAACUAUAGAAGAUUCAUGUUGUUUCUUAGACGUCGUCGAGGAACAUGUGAAAGAAAUGGAGAGGGAACCAUCCAAGUAUAUUGAAGUACUAUAG